AUGGAAAUUGAGUAUGAUGAAUGGCUUCUGGGGAAGGAAAGCAGACGCCACGUGUUAGACAAUCCUGAUGGUCAUCAGGGCCAGAGGGGACACCCCACCAUGGGGCUUUCUCCUUUCUGGGCACCUCAGGAUCUGAGUCCAGGGGACUUCUUGCAGCAUCUGGAGAGCUCUGAGCAUCUCAAGUGGAGAAUUUCCGCCAGAUGUCGAAGCAGAGAGGGGCAGCCCCAGGGCUUCCUUUCUGGUGGAGAGGAGACGGGGGUGGGGGGCAUGGCGGGGGGGCCAGGAGCAGAUGUGCCGGUUGCUGGGCUGAGGGAUGGUUGA